AUGGUGAAUUCCCAUGGCAAAUUAGAACUGGUAGCUGUAAACAUCACUGUGGUCAUGGGAAUCAAGACUUUCAGCGACAUCAACUUGGAGAGAAAACAAGUGCAGAAGAUCAUCAUUCACAAAGACUACAAGCCACCCCACCUUGACAGCGACCUCUGCCUGCUCCUACUUGCCACGCCAAUCCAAUUCAAUAAAGUCAAGAUGCCCAUCUGCCUGCCGCAGAGGGAGAGUUCCUGGGACCGGUGCUGGAUGUCAGAGUGGUCAUACACUCAUAGCCACGGUUCAGCCAAAGGCUUAAACAUGCACCUUAAGAAGCUGCGGGUGGUUCAGAUUAGCUGGAAGACAUGUGCCAAGAGGGUGAUUCAGCUCUCCAGGAACAUGCUUUGUGCCUGGAAGGAAGUGGGUACCAACGGUAAAUGCCAGGGAGACAGCGGGGCACCCAUGGUCUGUGCUAAUUGGGAGACUCGAAGGCUUUUUCAAGUGGGUGUCUUCAGCUGGGGCGUAACUUCAGGAUCCAGGGGAAGGCCUGGCAUGUUUGUGUCUGUGGCUCAGUUUAUCCCGUGGAUUCUGGAAGAGACACAAAGGGAAGGACGAGCCUUCACCCUCUCAAAAGCCUCAAAAAGUCCCUUGGCUUGCGGUCCACACUACCAUCCCAUAUUGCUAAGCUUGGGUUCUCAAAUACUGCUUGCUGCCAUGUUUGCUGGGGGUAAAUCAAAUUACUAA